AUGAAAGCAAAAGGAAUGUCAAAGAUCUCUUCGCUGGAUGACAAAAUUUCCAAAGUCAGGCUGCAGAAAUUGAAACAAAAGAACGGUAAAGAGGACAAUGAAGAGGAUAUGAUUGUGGAUGAGGAGGAGUCUUCGGACGAGGAAAACAUGACAGCAGACACUGUGAAGACCAAAGAGAAAAAGAAAAAAGGCAAAAAACAAGGUGAAGAGGAAGAGCAGGUUAAAGUGCAGUUCUCCGAAAGUGUGGAUUCGUACGACGAUAAAAUCACAUUUCAAGAUAUGAACUUGUCUCGACCUUUGCUCAAAGGCCUAUCAUCCAUGAACUUUGUGAAACCAACUCCAAUCCAGGCUGCUUGUAUUCCCAUAGCCUUGCUUGGCCGAGAUAUCUGCGCUUGUGCCGUCACCGGGUCUGGUAAGACUGUAGCUUUCAUGCUGCCAAUUUUGGAACGUCUGCUGUAUCGACCAAAAGCCACGGCAACUACCCGAGUCCUUGUGCUUGUUCCAACCAGAGAACUGGCCGUCCAGGUGCACACAGUGGCCAGGCAACUGGCACAACAUGCCAGCGUGGAUAUUUGUCUAGCAGCAGGUGGCCUUGACAUUAAGUCACAAGAGGCUAUGCUGCGUAUGGCGCCAGAUAUUGUCAUAGCAACUCCUGGUCGAUUGAUUGAUCAUCUGCGCAACAGUGCUAACUUUACACUCAGUAACAUUGAAAUUUUAGUUCUUGACGAGGCCGACAGGAUGUUGGAUGAAUUCUUUGCCGAGCAGAUGAAUGAAAUCAUCCGAAUGUGUGCACGCCAGCGGCAGACGAUGUUAUUUUCUGCUACCAUGACAGAAACGGUGCAAGAACUUGUUGCUGUCUCGCUGAAGGAUCCAGUGAAGGUGUUUGUGAAUGAGAGCACUGACAUCGCCCUGGGCCUGAGGCAGGAGUUCAUCCGGAUCCGGCCCAACAGGGAGGGAGACAGGGAGGCUAUUGUUGCCGCUCUGGUGUCCCGUCACUUCUGUGACCGGUGUAUCGUCUUCAUACAGACCAAAGUACAAGCUCAUCGUAUGCAUGUCCUGCUGGGUCUGCUGGGCAUCAACGUCGGGGAACUGCACAGCAACUUGUCACAGGCUCAGCGUUUGGACACCCUGAAGAAGUUUAAAGAAGGUCUUGUUGAUGUCAUGCUGGCUACAGACUUGGCAUCUCGAGGUCUGGAUAUAGAGAAUGUGAAAACUGUCAUCAACUUUACCAUGCCUAGCACGAUCAAGCAUUACAUCCACCGUGUGGGCAGAACUGCCAGAGCGGGCAAGAGUGGACGAUCAGUGACUCUUGUUGGAGAACUGGAGAGGAAAGUGCUCAAGGAUGUAGUCAAACAAGCCAAGACUCCACUCAAGACACGGAUAGUUCCACAAGAUGUGGUCAGCAGGUUUAAGGAGAAGAUAAAUGACAUUGAGGAAGACAUUAAACAGAUUAUGAUCCAGGAGAAAGAGGAGAGUCACCUCAGAUCGGUGGAGAACAAGAUGAACAAGGCCCACAACUUGCUGGACAAGACCCAGGAUGAGAGCCAGCAGCGAACCUGGUUCCAGACCACCAAAGAAAGGAAGGCAGAGAAAGCCAUGUUACGAUUGUCAAACAAGCUGGAUUCAAAGGAAGAGAAGAAAAAGACCAGAAAAAAAAUAACGGCCGAAGACCGUGUCAAGUUUGAGCUGACCAAGGCUCAACUGAUGGGUAUUCGUGCCGUGAAGAAGUCAUUGAAAGCCAAGCCUUUGGGUGCUUUCUCAGAGGAAGUCAGAAAUG